AUGCGGUUUCUUGUUUUGGAGGCUUUCUGCUUUGCGGCUCAAUUACUAUUAAUACUAUCAUUCGCACUCCAACCUAAAUCACCUAUACCGAACACUUUGGAGAAAAGUCUAGAGAAGAGCUCUCUUCUUACAAGUAGAGAGUCUGUUGCUGGCGACAGGCUGCUCACCUUUGACGAAAUUCGUACUCGAUUUGUUGCUCUGAACUUACCAAGUGCUUUGCUGACUGUUGACAGACCAUUGACUGGAUCAUGGUCAAAGUCAAUAAAGAGCAUAUUUCGAUGGCACAAUGAGACAAUCAAUAUCAACUCACAUUUCAUUGGAUCUGUAAUCUUUGCUACCAUCCUACCACUCCAUUUCUACUUUGCUUUGUACCGGAAUCUUCCAGCAGCACAACCAAUUGAUGCAGCAGUAUUUUUGUUAUACUUUGCUGGUGUCGCGUGCUGUUUUGCCGUUUCGGCCGCGUUUCACACUGCAGGCUGUCACAGCCAAGCUGUACAUAAAAGAUAUAACAGAGCCGACUGCUGUGGUAUUGUUUUGCUUAUGUGGGGAGCAAGUCUUGCAUCGAUUCAUUUCGCAUUCAUUUGUGAUGCCCGACUAAGAAGUCUACACUGGUUCCUGACCUCCGCCAGCGCUACCGGAUGCAUUACGUUCAUCCUCGGACCUCUGUUCUGUCAGCCAGCCUAUAGAACCGCUCGUGCACUCACCUAUCUCAGUCUAGGCCUCUUCGCAAUCGUCUUCAUCUUACAUGGCAUCUACUUACACGGCUUUGCCCUUCAACGACACCGCCUCUCACUAGAAUGGAUGGGCUUGAUGGCUUUGCUUAACUUUAUUGGUUGUGCUGCAUAUGCUUUCCGCAUCCCGGAGUCUAAGUUCCCUGGUAAAUUUGAUUUUGUGGGCGCGUCGCAUCAGAUUAUGCAUGUUGCGGUGUUGGCUGCUGGAUUAGUGCAUUAUCAUGGUCUCUCUAAGGCAUUAUUGAGAACACGGGGAGAUAUGGCACAAGUUUGCUAG